GUUGUUUAUUGAACCAAACAAAACAUAGCGUUACUACGUUAGGGUUCUUGACAAACUCAAUUCUUGUUCAAUUUACCACCACAACUCAAUUUGGCAGACACAACGUGCUUCGUAUCUGAUCGAUUACCCUGGUGAAUUCAAUUGUGCGAAAGAGAUGUACUUGAAGAAGCCACUAUGGAGUGAAGGGAUUGAAUCGGAUUCAGAUGGUGCGGUGGUUGAGGUUGUGAAGUCGCUGCAGCAGCAGAGGGUGUACAGAGAAGUGACUCUCGCUCUCAGGACUGGCCUCAGAGACGCGCGUGCUGAAUUCUCCUUCCUCCGUGUUCGCGCUCUCCGUUCCAUUCUCAAUUUCCUCCGUUCCGUUGCUGACUCUGACUCCACCAUCGACCUCUUCAACCAAACCCAAUCAAUUCCCGAACUGCAAGUGGUUCCGGUUCUCUUUCAGCACUCACUAAAAGAGACAGGGGAAGAUUACACUGAAAAUAGGCUAGGAGAUUUGACUCAUAUACUUGGUGUGGAAGUGGAACCCAUCAAGUUAACAAGUCCAUCUACAGAUCAUGAAGUUGCACUCGCGCUUAGAGUCUUGGAGGGUUGUUGUUUGCUUCACCCGCAGAGUACUGCUCUUGCCCAUCAACACAACGCUAUUCAGGUUUUAAUGAAUAUAUUAUCUAAUCGUGGAGUACUUGAGCAAGGUGCAUGCUUAGAUGCGCUAAUCUCAUUGAUGGUGGAUUCCUCGCCCAAUCAAAUGGAUUUCGAGAAAUGUAAUGGUAUUAUGGAAGUAGCUGACCUUAUAAGAGACAAGCAAGUUGAUGAAAAUCUCAGGUUAAAAUGUGGAGAGUUUUUAUUGCUGCUCAUUGGACAUGUUAAUGGAAGGGAUUCGCUUCCUUUGGCAACCAUACACGAAGAUACAAGGCGUCUUCUGGGGGAGAAAUCAGCUUCAUUGAUAUGGGCAGCCAGUCAGUUUGGCUCAACACUGGAUCCCGAACAGAGACUAACAGCUCUCCAAAUCCAGGCUCGGAGGGUCCUUGAAUCAUUGGACUUAUACUGAGUGUUGAGGAUAAUGCCUGUGCCUGUGGUUUUAGGAAAUUCUUAGUUGAAAAUGUUGGCAGAGAAUGUAGUUCUUUUUGUUUUGCACUUUUGUACUUGUGCUCUCAUUUCUUACCUACAAUUCUAGUUGUUUUUGCAAUCUGGUUACUAUUUUUGUUUGUAAGUUGUAUGAUGUUCUUCUACAGCAAGUGUUGAUGAAGGAAAAAAGUAUCAGAAUUCUCCUGUAUUUAUGUAUUAUAUACUUCCAAAUCAGAAUUCUACUGUGUUAUUAUCA